AUGGAUUCCAAUAUCACCAUUAGCGUUGCUCUUUGCUUCGCCGUCGUUGUAGCAGCAACGGCUUCUGCGGCCGAUGAUCGAGAAUUGAAGGCAUUGGUUGCGAGUGGUUGGUGGUCAAACUACACCAAUAAUUCCACAAAAAUUCAAUCUUUCGAAUAUUGCAAGUGGAAGGCCAUAACUUGUGAUGACGAGGGUCAUGUUGUGGAGAUAACCAUGCGUGGAUAUGAAUCAUAUGAUGGUAUCGACAACAAUCAUUUGCUUCUGGAGUUGGAUCUACUUGCUUUCCACCGCAUUGCUAGAAUCGAUCUCAGUGGAAUGCGGCUCAUCGUAGAGUUACCACCACAAAUAGGUUCUCUAUCCAAUUUAACUUAUCUCAAUUUGUCCCGCAACCUUUUCAUAGUCGAUUUGCCUCUUUCGUUCUCAAAUCUCACCAAAUUAGAGUCACUCGACCUUUCUCAUAGCCCCAUUGGCGGUGCCAUCCCAUAUGCAAUCGGGAAUCUUACGAGCUUGGUUUCUCUUGGUUUGAGCAACAUCGAUCUCCGAGGUAAUCUGCCUCUUUUACUCACAAAUCUCACCAAAUUAGAGUCACUCGACAUUUCAUUUAACUAUAUUGAGGGUGCUAUUCCACCCGAAAUAGGAGAUCUUACGAAGUUGGUUGCUCUUGAUUUGAGCCACAACUAUCGGAUCAAUGGCUCUUUGCCUUUUACUUUGGGUCGAUUAACGAGAUUGAAAUCUUUACACUUGAGUGGUAACCAACUAGAAGGUAUUUUGCCCAUUUCACUCACAAAUCUCACCAAAUUAGAGAUACUCAACAUUUCAUAUAACUCCAUUGGCGGUGCCAUCCCAUUCGGAAUAGGAAAUCUUACGAGCUUGGUUUCUCUUGAUUUGAGCAACAACCGGCUCCAAAGUAAUUUGCCUCUUUCACUAGCAAAUCUCACCAAAUUAGAGUCACUCGACAUUUCUCAUAAUUCCAUUGGUGGUGCCAUUCCAUCCGGAAUAGGAAAUCUUACGAGCCUGGUUUCUCUUGAUUUGAGCAACAACCGGCUCCAAAGUAAUUUGCCUCUUUCACUAGCAAAUCUCACCAAAUUAGAGUCACUCGACAUUUCUCAUAAUUCCAUUGGUGGUGCCAUUCCAUCCGGAAUAGGAAAUCUUACGAGCCUGGUUUCUCUUGAUUUGAGCCACAACUAUCGGAUCAACUGCUCUUUGCCUUCAACUUUGGGCCGAUUGACAAGAUUGGAAUCUUUGAGAUUGAGCCAUAAUCAGCUGAAAGGUUUCUUUGAAGCAGGGAUUGCAAAACUUCCUUCAAUCAAAAUGAUCGACGUAUCAUAUAAUCAAAUUUUCGAACAGAUACCCUUUGAGUUUGGAUAUUAUGCUAAUGCACAUUCGCUGAAUAUCGAUCUUUCCCACAACAACCUCUACGGUACAAUCCCUAAAUCUCUUUCCAAUUUGAGAAACAUCGACUUAUCCUACAAUGAUUUAGAAGGUCGAAUUCCAAUUGGGGUUUGGUAUGCGUUUCCAAAAGGCUCAUUUCUUGGUAACGACCGAUUACUUCUCCCUGGAGACUCCACAACACAUGUAUUAGAUACGAGUGUAAUACUCCCACUUGCUCUUUUCUUUGCCUGCCUCUUUUCCGCUAUGUUCAUCAUAUUCAUCUACUACUACUUCAAAGGAAAGAAGACAACCUCAGUGAAGCCCGAUCUCAAACACGGAGACAUUUUCAAAAUAUGGAAUUACGACGGUACGAUCGCAUACGAAGACAUCAUCGAAGCAACACAAGAUUUCGACUUUACACACUGCAUCGGAACCGGAGGCUACGGCAGUGUCUACAGAGCACAACUGCCAACGGGGAAAAUCGUUGCGGUCAAAAAGCUCCACAGAUUCGAAGGAGAGAAUCCAACUUUUGACGCGUGUUUUAGGAAUGAGGCCAAAGUUCUGUCCGAAAUACGACACCGGAACAUAGUGAAGCUUUUCGGGUUUUGCCUACACAAGCGCUGCAUGUUUCUCAUCUACGAAUACAUGGAAAUGGGCAGCCUAUUUUGCGUCUUGAGGGACUCAAACGAAGCUGUAGAGCUAAAUUGGGCGAAGAGAGUAAAUAUAGUGGAGGGAAUUGCACGCGCUCUUUCUUACAUGCAUCACGAUUGUAGCCCACCAAUUUUGCACAGGGACAUCUCCACAAGCAACGUACUUCUCAAUUCGAAGCUCGAAGCUUCUGUGUCUGAUUUCGGCACCGCUAGAUUGUUGGAUCCCGAUUCUUCCAAUCAGACUCUAAUUGUGGGCACUCACGGCUACAUUGCACCAGGUAUACAA